AUGUCUGGGUAUACAGUAUCAUCCACUAAAUCAUAUAUGCAGGCCAUGCAACCCAUGGUUGAUGCACUUCAAGAACGAUUACAAAGUCAACCACAACAACAGCCACAAAAAUUACCAGUCAUGGAUAAUGAGUAUGCCAAAUAUACACCCGUUGAAACUUUAUUAUCGCGUUUUGAGGAUGUUUCUACCAAAUCAUUUAAACGGAUGAUGGAGGGCUCUCUGUUGAUUGAUACACAGAUCUUAAAACAAAUUCAGGAUGAAUGUGGAAGGAUCAGUUUGGACAAAGGUCAAGAGGAACUGGAAACGUUUACCCUUAUCCAGUCUUUGGUUGAUGAUUCAACCAGUGACGAGCAACUUCAAUCUUCACUAUUUGAUAUACUAGGAUUUGAUGAGUUCAACUUAAUUUCGAAAAUUGUUCAAAACAAACAAGUUUUUGCCGAAGCAAGGAAAAGUGGGUUACUAUCUGCACAGGAUAGAGCACAAUUGUUGAUAGAAAAUCAAAAGAGGAACGCCAAUCAACAAAUACUACCGAAGUCUGAAUAUCAAAAAUACCCUCAUGUAUAUAAAAAUCAAGAUACUGUCAAUAUUGCUGCCAUUACGGGAGGGAGAUUUGCUCUACCUAAAGGUACAACAAGGAAUUCAUACCCAUUGAAUGAAGAAUUGAUUAUACCGUACCCUGAAGAACUGCCGAACAAAUGGAUUUCCAAGAAGCAGCUUGUGAAAGUAAAAGAUUUGGACUUUUUGUGUCGGGGUACUUUUAAAAACUAUGAUUCCUUAAACAAGGUGCAGAGUUUGGUGUACCCUGUUGCAUACAAUAGUAAUGAAAAUAUGCUUAUUUGUGCUCCAACCGGUGCUGGUAAAACAGAUGUAGCCUUGUUGACAAUUUUGCAUACAAUUGGACAAUUUGUUACUGAGACUGUGGGUAACGAUAACGAAGUCACCAUUGACAUUGACUAUGAUGAAUUCAAGAUUGUAUAUAUUGCUCCUUUGAAAGCUUUGGCAGCGGAAAUUGUUGAAAAAUAUUCGAGAAAGCUUCAGUGGCUAGGUAUCAAGGUUCGAGAAUUGACCGGAGAUAUGCAAUUGACGAGACAGGAAAUCAUCGCUACGCAAAUUAUUGUUACUACUCCAGAAAAAUGGGAUGUGGUCACAAGGAAACUGACGGGUGAUAGCGAAUUAGUGUCAAAAGUCAAACUACUCAUUAUUGAUGAGGUACAUCUUUUACAUGAAGAUCGUGGGUCAGUUAUAGAGACAUUAGUUGCUCGUACUUUGAGACAAGUUGAGAGCACUCAGCUGAUGAUUAGGGUCGUUGGUUUGUCUGCUACUUUACCCAACUAUAUGGAUGUUGCUGACUUCCUUGGGGUGAACAGAAGUGUAGGAAUGUUCUACUUUGAUCAAUCUUUCAGACCAAUUCCAUUACAACAACAAGUUUUAGGGGUUCGUGGUAAAGCAGGCUCCAAAACAGCGAGAGAAAACUUGGACAAGGUUUCUUAUGAAAAACUUUCAGAGUACGUCAGUCAAGGUUUACAGGUUAUGGUGUUUGUGCAUUCGCGAAAAGAAACUGUAAACACUGCUAGGACAUUUAUACUGAUGGCGCAAGAUCAUAACGAGUUGGGCGUGUUUGAUUGCACUGAAAGUGAAUAUUAUGAAAAGUAUAAAAGAGAAGCAUCUCAAAAGAAUAGAAGUAAAGAGUUGAGAGAAUUAUUUCCAUAUGGAUUUGGAACUCAUAAUGCUGGUAUGCUUCGAAGUGAUCGUAAUCUAACCGAAAGAAUGUUUGAAAGUGGUGCUAUAAAGGUAUUGUGCUGUACGUCAACGUUGGCUUGGGGUGUUAACUUGCCAGCUGCUGUCGUCAUCAUCAAGGGUACUCAAGUAUAUAAUCCUAAAGAAGGUGGAUUCACGGAUUUGGGUAUAUCAGACGUUAUUCAAAUCUUCGGACGUGCUGGUAGACCACAGUAUGAGAAUUUUGGAACAGGUAUCUUGUGUACCACAAGUGACAAACUAGAUCAUUAUGUUGCCUUGUUGACUCAACAACAUCCAAUUGAAUCAAAAUUGAAGGAGAAGUUGAUUGAUAAUUUGAAUGCAGAGAUAUCACUAGGUACCGUGACCAAUGUGGAUGAGGGUGUCCAAUGGCUAGGAUAUACCUAUAUGAUCACCAGGAUGAAGAAAAACCCAUUUGCGUAUGCAAUGUCUUGGCAAGAAAUACAAGACGAUCCUCUAUUGAUAAACAGAAGAAGAGAAUUGAUUAUAUCGUGUGCGAGAAGACUUCACGGAUUGCAAAUGAUUGUCUAUGAUGAUGAAACCGGGUCGUUCAUGCCAAAAGAUUUGGGAAGGAUAGCAUCGGAUUUCUACUUGCUCAGUAACUCUGUGGAGAUUUUCAAUCAAAUGGUAAAUCCAUUGGCAACAGAGGCAGAUAUAUUAUCCAUGAUUAGUAUGAGCAGUGAAUUCGAUAGUAUUAAAUUCAGAGAAGAAGAAGCCAAGGAAUUAAAACAAUUGAUGGAGGAUGACUCACCUUGUCAGAUUGGAGCAAAUGUUGAUACACCGCAAGGUAAGACAAAUAUCCUACUUCAAGCAUUCAUCUCGCAAGCAAAUAUAAGAGAAUCAGCAUUGAUCUCUGACUCCAAUUACGUUGCGCAAAAUUCUGCCAGGAUCUGUCGUGCCCUAUUUUUAAUUGCUAUGAAUAGAAGAUGGAGUAAAUUGAUGAACUUAAUGCUAUCCUUGUGCAAGUCCAUCGAUAGACGUAUAUGGUCAUUUGAACACCCCAUGAUGCAAUUUGAUUUACCUGAACCCGUUUCGAGAAAUAUUCGAUCAAAGAAUCCAUCCAUGGAAAUGCUCAGAGAUAUGGAGCCUGCUGAAUUGGGUGAUAUGGUGCAUAACAAACUGAUGGGGAAUGUAUUGUAUAAGCUCGUGGGCAAGUUUCCGUAUAUUGAGCUUGAUUCUGAAAUUUUUCCCAUUACAACUAAUGUUAUGAGAAUUCAUAUCGUUCUUCAGCCUGAUUUCAUGUGGGAUGACAGGAUUCACGGACAAGCGCAAUACUUUUGGCUAAGUGUGGAAGAAUCAGAUAGUUCCAAUGUUUUACAUGUUGAAAAGUUUAUCUUGCAUAAGAGGCAGUUGAAUAAUCCUCAUGAAAUGGAUUUUAUGAUUCCAUUAUCGGAUCCACUUCCCCCACAAAUCAUUGUCAGAAUUGCAUCUGAUUCGUGGAUUGGAUCAGAGACGAUACAUCCGGUCUCAUUUCAACAUUUGAUCAGACCUCAGAAUGAGACAAUGAAGACGGAACUUUUAAGAUUACAACCUUUGCCAGUAACGGCAUUGAAGAAACCGGAAAUUGAAAAAAUUUACUCACCUAAAUUCAAAUAUUUUAACCCAAUGCAAACAAUGGUAUUCCAUACGUUGUACAACACUAAUGAAAGUGCAUUUGUAGGUUCUCCUACGGGAUCAGGAAAAACAUUGGUUGCAGAGUUGGCCAUUUGGCAUGCAUUCAAUGAAUUUCCUUCUUCAAAAGUGGUUUAUAUUGCUCCCAUGAAGGCAUUGGUUCGUGAAAGGGUUGAUGAUUGGAGGAGUAGAAUUUCGAAAAAUAGUAAUCACAAAUUGGUUGAAUUGACUGGUGACUCUUUACCUAGUGUUGAUGAAGUUAAAGAAGCUGAUAUCAUCAUCACCACUCCGGAAAAAUUCGAUGGUAUAUCGCGUAAUUGGCAAACGAGAAAGUUUGUCCAAAAGGUGUCGCUUGUAAUUAUGGAUGAAAUUCAUUUGUUGGCAAGCGACCGUGGUCCUAUUUUGGAAAUGAUUGUUAGUCGUGUCAAUUAUAUCUCCUCACAAACCAAACAGCCGAUUAGACUACUUGGUAUGUCAACUGCAGUUUCAAAUGCAUUUGAUAUGGCUGGAUGGUUAGGGGUACGCAAUGGACUUUUCAAUUUCCCACAAUCGGUUCGUCCAGUUCCCUUGCAAAUGUAUAUCGAUGGGUUCCCUGAUAAUUUGGCGUUUUGCCCCUUGAUGAAAACGAUGAAUAAGCCGGCAUUCUUAGCUAUCAAGCAGCAUUCUCCUGAUAAACCUGUUUUGAUUUUUGUUGCAUCUCGUCGACAAACAAGAUUGACGGCGUUGGACUUGAUACAUUUAUGUGGAAUGGAGUCAAACCCACGAAGAUUUCUAAACAUGUCAGAUUAUGAAUUAGAGGAUGUAUUGGAAAAAGUCAAGGAUGAAACUUUGAAACUUUCGUUGCAAUUCGGAAUGGGAUUGCACCAUGCUGGUUUAGUUGAAUCUGAUCGUCAAGUUUCACAUAAGUUGUUUGAACUGGGCAAGAUCCAAAUAUUGAUUGCUACUUCUACUUUGGCGUGGGGUGUCAAUUUACCCGCUCAUCUUGUUAUUGUCAAGGGAACACAAUUUUUUGAUGCAAAAAUUGAAGGGUAUAGAGAUAUGGACUUGACGGAUAUUCUUCAAAUGAUGGGACGUGCAGGAAGACCGGCAUUUGACACAAGUGGUACUGCAAUAGUGUACACUAAAGAGUCGAAAAAAAUAUUUUAUAAACAUUUCUUGAAUUUGGGAUUUCCGGUGGAGUCCUCGUUGCAUAAAGUGUUGGAUAACCACAUUGGUGCAGAAAUUUCCGCAGGUACAAUAAAGACAAGACAAGAAGCGAUGGAUUUUUUGACGUGGACUUUUCUUUAUAGAAGAGCACAUAAUAACCCUACGUAUUAUGGAAUUGAAGAUGUUUCUCAAUAUGGUAUUUCACAAUAUUUGGCAGGUCUUAUCGAUAAAAGCAUUGACAGUUUAGUGGAAUCCAAGUGUGUGUAUACAGGUGGAACUGAAGAUUUACACCCAACUCCAUUCUUACACAUAUCGUCGUAUUACUAUCUUUCCCAUUUGACAAUGCGUAAUUUUGUCAACAAGAUUAAACCAGAUUUUAGUUUUAGGGAUGCUUUGAAGUUGUUAUGUGAAGCUACUGAAUAUGAUGAAUUGGCAACCCGACAUGGUGAAGAAUUGAUUAAUAUGGAGUUGUCACUAGCUAUGAGGUACCCGGCAGAAGAUCUUGAACGUGAAUUCAUUUGGGACCCUCAUGUUAAAGCAUAUUUGUUGUUGCAAGCGUUCAUGAGUAGAGAUGAAUUGCCAAUAGCUGAUUAUAGUCAGGAUACUGUUUCCAUAUUGGACCAGGCAUUGCGUAUUUUACAAGCAUAUAUUGAUGCUGCUGCUGAAAUGGGAUUCUUGAGUGCUGCUUUAACCUUUGUUGAGUUGAUGCAGUGUAUAAAGCAGAGAUGCUGGUAUGAUGAUGAUCCAGUAAGUACGCUACCGGGUUUAAGGGUUGCCACAAAGGACUCUAGAGAUGAUGUUGUCACAUUGAAAGGGUUGGGUUCAAUGAGCAAGGGCCAAUUGUUUAAAACUGCUGAGAAGCUCGGUGUUUGUAAAGAGAAUUCAGAUGUGAGAACACCAGCAAGCACAAAUGAAGAAGCAAAAAAGCAAUUUGUUAAUGUGGCAUCCCAUUUACCCACAGGAGAUCUCCAAUUCAUGCAAAGUGAAUCAGCAGCUGCUCGCAUUACUUUGACUCACAGCAACUAUCCAUUUAAUGAUGAGUUUAAAGUCUAUUGUCCACAUUUCCCCAAGCCCCAAAGAGAAUCAUGGUUUGCCAUCAUUCACGAUAGCAAGGAAUUGUUUUUACUCAAAAGAGCUUCGCCUAGACUUAAACUGAAAAAGGGGGUUGUUUCCUGUGAAGUGGAUAUUCCAGAGGAUUUAUUCGGUAAGAAUGUAACAAUUACCUGUAUCAAUGAUGCAAUGGAUAUUAAAUACGAUCUAGAAACUACCCUUUUAUAG